AUGGGACUGCGCGGCGAGCCUGGUGAUGAGGGUCCCCGCGGUGACAAAGGCGAAGCUGGCUUGCCGGGAGCUCCUGGACCAAAAGGUGAACGCGGAGACCUAGGCCCUCGAGGAAUACCGGGAAUCGCUGGAGAACCAGGACAUCCAGGAGCACCAGGUCAGGCUGGCAAAACGGGUAUUCAGGGUAGCCCAGGCUGCAAAGGGACCGAUGGGGCAGCCGGCAGGCCCGGUUUCCCAGGAGCUCGUGGAGCUGACGGCGCGCCAGGUUUCCCGGGACCUCCGGGUCCAAAGGGUGAACCCGCGUUCGGUAGGGACGGCGAGAAAGGUGAACAAGGCUAUCCAGGAGAAGUUGGCUCGCCCGGAAGUCCCGGAAAUCCCGGGAGAGAAGGACUGCCCGGCGUUCCCGGCAUUCCCGGACCUCCUGGAACAGACGGCUCCCCGGGUAUGCCUGGAGAAAUUGGACCUCCAGGUUUCUCAGCUUCAGGACCGAAGGGGGACAAGGGCAAUAAAGGAGAAGAAGGCGUCAAAGGAGAAGCUGCCCUAUGUCCCGAUGAUAGACGGCUCAUCGUCAAGGAUGGAGACCCACCCCAGAAAGUCGUGUACGGCGAUAAAGGAGAUAAGGGAAUCAAAGGAGAAACUGGUUUCUGUACUGUCGCGGGUCCUCCGGGUGCACCUGGAGUUCCGGGUCAAGCCGGUGCGUCCGGCGAAAGAGGUGACAAGGGAUCUCCGGGACCGAUGGGCAGACCGGGCGUGCCCGGUUUCCCGGGCCAGCCUGGUCUGAGCGGUUUCAAGGGCGACAUGGGCUCGAGCGGUAGGCCUGGACGCCCUGGGGAGCCAGGGAUUCCUGGUGACAUGGGACCCCCCGGAUCGCCUGGUUUGCAAGGAGAUACGGGACCGCCCGGAUCCCCCGCCACAUUCGGUGGCUCAACCGUGGGCCCGCCCGGAGACAAAGGUGACAAAGGCGUACCAGGUCCCAUGGGUCCAGUGGGAGCGAAGGGCGAUAGAGGCGAUCAAGGCUUCCCAGGUCCACCGGGAUACCCAGGGAAAGACGGUGAUCCGGGAAACCCUGGAGCUGAUGGACAUCCUGGAAUACCCGGAGACAAGGGUGAAAUGGGUCUGCAAGGCAUUCCGGGCUCCCCCGGAAUGCCGGGCAUCCAGGGUACAGCCGGUACGCCAGGACCGAAAGGAGAUCGUGGAUUGGAUGGACGAUCUUUCCCUGGGGAGCCAGGCACGGCGGGUCUCCCGGGUAAAGAUGGUCCGCCCGGUCAGCCAGGCUAUCCGGGUCCCAAGGGUCUGCCAGGAACUCCGGGUGAUUCUCAAGAGGGGAGACCAGGCGAACCCGGAAUCGCUGGCUUCCCGGGACUGAAAGGACAAGAAGGCAGGCCAGGCCAUCCGGGCUUGCCCGGCCUUCCUGGGGACAAGGGGGAUUCCGGAGGUGUCUGCAAUGCAUGCUUCCCUGGACUGCCCGGUCCGAAAGGUCUGCCCGGUCGUAUGGGUAUCGAUGGGGAGAAAGGAGACAAAGGCUACAGCGGCAUGCCAGGAUUACCUUGCGAGAGAGGAUUGGAUGGAACUCCUGGUGACCGCGGUCCACCCGGUGACGUGGGUCCGGACGGUUUGAUGGGUCUGCCAGGACCCAAGGGCGACAAGGGAAAUGAUUUCUUCUACGAGGGACCAGCCGAGAAGGGAUUCCCAGGACCGCCUGGUGCCCCUGGAGCCCCAGGUAUCGAGGGCGCUCCCGGCGCCGAGGGACCUCCAGGGAGCCCUGGUCAGUCUGGACCGCCUGGAUAUGCCGGUUACGACGGCUUGCCGGGUCCGAUCGGCUCUCCUGGCCUGCAAGGUGAGCCCGGUAGUCCCGGAGAUCCCGGUUUUCCGGGACCGCCUGGCUAUGGCGAGCGAGGCAGGCCCGGACCAGGAGGUGUUGAGGGACUCCCAGGACUUCCAGGAGACAAGGGCGAGAAAGGAGAGCCCGGUCCUCCAGCUCCAUCAGACAUCAAAUACAAGGAGAGAGGACUGACUGGGCCGCCCGGAGAUAAGGGACCGAAAGGCGAGUCUGGACUCACCGGACUGCGAGGAGAACGCGGUCGUCCCGGAAGGGAUGGCUUGCCCGGGAUCGAUGGCGCACAGGGCGAUAUCGGUUUCCCGGGUACUCCAGGACCCCGAGGUCCACCUGGUCCCUUGGGUCCACCGGGGAUUAUGGGCCCUGAAGGAGCCCCAGGCUUACCGGGACCUCCGGGUCAAAAAGGAGACCAAGGAAAAGUCGGUCCACAGGGUCCAUAUGGGAUACCCGGUGAUCCCGGUGUUGGUUUACCGGGACCGUCGGGUUCUCCGGGACCAAUGGGGCCCCGUGGGGAGCCUGGUGCGCCCGGGAGGCCUGGGGCUGAUGGACCGUCCGGCUUCAACGGCUUGCCUGGUCCGGCAGGUCCUCCGGGAGACUUGGGUCCCCCGGGUCUUCCGGGCUUCCAGGGCGAAAAAGGAGAGCCGGCUUUAGAAGGAACGCCCGGCCCCAAGGGAGAUGCAGGUUUCCCCGGUCGCGACGGAGCCCCCGGUGAUCCCGGCGUGAAUUGCUCUCCGGGUUUCCCUGGGAACGAGGGUCCGGUAGGGGAUACAGGGCCGCCCGGGGCUCCCGGAUCGGCGGGGCUCCCAGGAGAACCUGGUCUGGACGGUUUGGAAGGUCCUCGCGGAUUCGAGGGUCCUCCUGGUAUUCGCGGAGAGAAAGGACUUCCGGGUUACAGCGGUGAGUUCAAGCACCCCACUCUGUAUGUAUAGAGCAGCGGUCGCUGGAGGGUCUGUGGCGUUGUAGGAUUAUCUGAUUUACCGACUCAACCAGGACCUCCCGGACCUCCUGGAUCACCGGGAUAUCGUGGAGCCGACGGUCGACCGGGCCUACCCGGACCUCCCGGAGAGAAGGGUAAUGAAGGUCCUAUCGGAUUCCCCGGACUCGCCGGAUACCCUGGGCUGAAGGGAGACAGAGGGCUCCCAGGAUUUAAUGGAGCGAAAGGUGAACCGGGUGCAGCUUCCGCCAAGGGGGAGAAGGGAUCGGCAGGUCUACCGGGGCGUAAUGGACUGGAUGGUCCUCCCGGACCUCAGGGACCAGCCGGGGAUCCGGGACCUAAAGGAGACAAGGGUAUACCAGGCUUCGGACAGCCAGGAGAACAGGGCCCGGAGGGCUUACCUGGGCCACCUGGUCCUCCCGGAGGAGAUGGGCUUCCCGGCGUCCCUGGGCGUGACGGACCUCCGGGACCGCCCGGACCAAUCGGCAUAAAGGGCGACAUGGGCAUGCCAGGAGACAAUGGUGAUCCCGGAUUACCUGGAAUCGAUGGGCCGCCAGGGCCUCAAGGGUACUACGGGCUACCAGGACAGAAAGGUGACCCUGGAGCGGAUGGAAGGGACGGGGUGAAGGGUUCGCCGGGACGGGACGGCAUCCAAGGUGAGCCGGGCCCUCCGGGAUACUUAGGAGAUUCUGGAGCCCCAGGAGUACCCGGCAGAGAAGGACUACCCGGUGCCGAUGGACCCCCUGGGCCGAUGGGUCCGAUGGGACCCGAGGGCAGGGUGGGUCUGACAGGAUCGGACGGUCUGAAAGGGCAGAAAGGUGACCCAGGACGCGUGGGUGCCCCAGGACAGACAGGCUUACCCGGUCUGCCAGGUCAAACCGGGACUCAGGGAGAGCCCGGCGUCGAAGGACCCAGCGGGAACGAUGGUCCGCCCGGCGAGCCAGGUCAACCAGGAUGGGCCGUCCAAGGUGUGAAAGGAGACCGCGGAGAUCCAGGCCCUCCUGGGGAAGCAGGCGCUCGCGGCUACACAGGACAGAAGGGAGAUCCAGGCAGGGAUGGCUUUGACGGUCCAAAAGGCGAGGCCGGUCGCCCAGGCGAAGGAAACAUCCCCGGACCUCCUGGACAGGACGGAAUACCAGGUCUUCCUGGAGACAAAGGGGACGAAGGCUCCAAGGGAGACCCAGGCAGCCCCGGAUCCGUAGGACAGAAGGGUGAACCAGGAUUCGGCGUGGAGGGAGCGCCCGGACUGCCAGGCGAGAAGGGCUAUCCAGGAUACCCGGGCGAAAUAGGCUUGCCCGGCCUACCCGGUGACAAAGGUGAUCAAGGACCCAGCGGACCGCCCGGAAGUCCCGGCUUGCACGGAGAACGCGGACCGAAAGGAGAUGCAGGAGAUCCUGGACCACAUGGGCUGCCCGGAUUCCAAGGUCCCCAGGGCCCGCCUGGAGCCCCGGCUCGAGCGAACCCAGGCACUUCAUACCCUGGACCGCCCGGCGAGCCCGGCAUGCGUGGUUAUCCUGGCUUGCCCGGAGCUCUCGGACCCCCCGGCGAACCGGGCAUCAGGGGCGAAAAAGGAGAACCGGCCUUGAUCGGAAUGCCCGGCAGGAGCGGACCUCCCGGAGCGCCAGGACAGCCUGGUGGUCCCGGUCCGAGAGGAUGGCCAGGUAUCGACGGACCGCCAGGCAUGGUGGGACCUCCCGGACCACCGGGCGAGGCAUCCUGGACAGCACUCGAAGAACAAGUCGGAUCGACGCUGGUCAUACAUUCUCAAUCGAAAGAGAUCCCAAAAUGCCCCAACCGGUGGUUCAAACUCUGGGAAGGAUACUCGCUUCUCUUCUUUGAAGGAAACGGUAAUCCGAACAGCCAAGACCUCGGCCAGCCGGGAUCGUGUCUUCAACGAUUCAACACAAUGCCCUUCAUGUUCUGCGAGAACACGGAUUCAUGCAACUACGCUGCCCGGAACGAUCGCUCAUACUGGCUGAACACAAUGCUCCCGUAUAAGACGCGGCCAUUCAGCGGAGACGAAAUCGAGGACUACGUCUCCCGAUGUGUCGUUUGUGAGGUUCCGAACUACACGUUCGCAAUCCACAGCCAGUCGAGUGAAGUUCCCAAAUGUCCCACGGGCUACACCAGCCUUUGGCAAGGAUUUUCAUGGGCUAUGCACACGGGUGCUGGAGCUCGGGGUGGGGGACAGUCACUUUCGUCUUCGGGAUCGUGUCUCGAGCACUUCGUCACCGUACCAUUCAUCGAGUGCAACGGGGCCCGAGGCAGCUGCAGCCAUUUCGCCAACAAACUCGGUUUCUGGCUAGCUCACGUGGAUCCUUCCUCCAUGUUCCAAACACCAACGAGCAUGACCGCGGAGCAGAACAGUCACGGCCCACUGUCGAAAUAUGUUUCGAGAUGCUCGGUCUGCAUGAAAAACAUAUGAGCAGCGUGGGAUCAAUUGAAUUCUACUGCGUUCUCGUCGAAGGGGUGAAAAUUGUGUGUAAAUGAAGUUUCUUGCUUGAACGGUGACGAAUCCGUUCACCCUUCAGACCAGAAGCUAGAUAUCGGUCGUCUCUCCCUGCGUGGAAGUUGUAUGUAAAAG